AUGUCGCGUUCCUUUACUGGGUGCAAGCGAUGUAAAGGGCGUCGGCAGAAGUGUGACGAGCAGCGUCCAAGCUGUGGCCGAUGCCAGCAAGCGAACACGCCUUGUCGAUAUGCGAUGCAGCUUCAGUGGGGUGGGCGGGCUUUCUCGCGCUCGCGGUUCGGAGCCUGUGUGGGUAACGGAGGCAUGCAUAAGCUGGAGUAUUCCCCCGGCGAAUUUAUCUAUACCACGAACUCAUCCUCUACGGCCCUAUCUCCCGGCUCGAUAAUCGCUGGUACCUCAUCUGCGACGACCGCCACGACUAGCUUAAACUAUUACAUUGACCCGUUCGCCUCCCUCUCGACCGACCAAAAGUCUCUUCUUCACCACUUUCUCAGUGAUGCCUCGCAGAUCACUGCCUGUCAUUCCGGCAUGCAACAGGACAUUUGCAAGAUGCUGGUCCCCAUGGCCCUCCAAACCCCGUCUCUCCUAUACGCAACCAUGGCCCUCUCUGCCAUCCAUCUACAAGCGCUCCACAACCAGUCGGAAAAUGUCAAGUCGGCUCCAGAAAUUGCGCGUUUCAUGGCGCUCAGCCUAGAACAUUUUCGCAAGGAACUGGAGAACCCUGCCAGCAGAGGGUCGGAUGCCCUGCUCGCCACAGCGCGUACUCUUUGCUUAGCCGAGAUUCAUUCGGGCGCUAUUCAUCCCAAUUCGUGGCGCGCGCACAUCGCGGGAGCAAAGGCCCUCAUGGAUUCUUCGAGUCAGCGCGGGAUCCUGUCACCGGGAUCGCCUGAGGGCUUUCGUCGAUAUCUAGACCGAUGGCACCGAUCGAUCGUCUCGCUAACAGCAUUGACUGGAAACGGGCCGCCAAUCGGGGUGGAAGCAGCGGUCGCGGACAACACAACCGAUUCCGCAACCCCUGAUUAUCUGGAUGACUACUGGGGUUUCACUGUCAACCUGGCCGCGAUCUUCCGCGCGAUUGGUGCGAUAUCCUGGCGCGAGCAUCAAUAUCUAUUGCAGCAGCAAGAAGAACCAGGACAGGAAGCCGCGGUAGGAGAUACCGUGUUCGACAUCGACGUCGCCCACGAGGCAGCCACGCUUGAAGGCGCCCUCCGUCGGCUAAUGGCUGCCGAAGAAGUUGGGACUCAGCCGGCCUUCUACCCGGGUGUCAUGGAGGGACUGUCGCCGGACUGCAUUCGGCAGCUGAUGCUCUGCAAUGAGGCCUUUCAGCGCAGUGCGCUGAUUCAGAUCCACCGCCGCUUGUACAAGACGCCCGCGUCGGCACCGGUGGUGCAGGACUCAGUCAAGCGGAUCCUGGAAUGUACGGCGCAGAUCGGGCCGUCUCCCGGUCUGAGUCCAUGGGUGAUGCUCACAACACCGCUGUUCAUUGCGGGAUGCGAGGCGCGCGGGGCUGAUCGACAACAGGUCCGCCAGUUAUUGGCAUCACUGCAUGAUACUAUCCGGGUGCCAAAUGUCUUGCAGGCAUUGAGAUUGUUGGAGCAAUAUUGGGGUAAUCAGUUGGAUGAGAAUGAGGGGUGGUCUCAAUUCUUGGAUCGUAUGAGGAUUGAUUUCAUCCCAUAUUAA